CUGAUCUGUAUACGACCGUCGCCAUACCGGAGCCUGCUAGGAUCCGUGCUACCGUGGAGAUUUCCUCGGUCACUCCCAGUGUCUUCGACCGAUUGUCCUACCGAUAACGACAGUGACUACCCACUGUGACACUACUCGUGUCCGUUCUGCUUCCAUUAGCCUUUGGCCCUUGCGCAGACGACCUUAGACUGGACAGCCAACUCAACCUAGAGGGAAUCUCCUCCCACCAUCAUGGAUCCAGCGCAAGAGGAGCUCUUCAUCGUCCGCCAGGAUAGUCCCCUCAACGCCGAGCCGCCCACCUCCGCUUUGGCAGAGUUCCCCAUCACUCCUGAGCAGCUCGUCUACCACCGCAACCACAGCGACGUCCCCGCGCACGACGGCACCCUCGUCGUCGGCGCCGAGGACCCCGCCGCGCCCGCCGACCCGCCCCCGGCAGAUCCCACCGAUCCCCACCCCCCACCGCGCCGCGUGCUGCCGGAUAUCACGCAGGCGACGACGUUUACCAUAGACGACCUUGAGAGACGCUUCCCGAAGGCGCGCGUGGAGGCCGUGCUGCAGUGCGCGGGGCUGCGGCGGGCGGAGAUGGGGGCGACGGGGCGGGAGGUGAAGGGCGUGCCGUGGGGCGCGGGGGUCGUGGCGAAUUGCUACUGGGGCGGGGUGCGGUUGCGGGAUGUGCUGCUGGAGGUGUUCCCGGGGCUGGAGAGGGAGGCAAAUGGGGCCAAUCGAACGGAUGAGCACGCGCAUGUGUGCUUCACGGCGCGGGGCGCGAAGUGCGAGGACGAUGCGUAUUAUGGGGCGAGCAUACCGCUGUCGAAGGCGCUGGAUCCGGAGGGGGAUGUGUUGGUUGCUUGGGAGAUGAACGACGAUGACAUACCUCCCGUCCACGGCGGGCCGCUACGCCUCGUCGUCCCAGGCUAUCUCGGCGCGCGCUGGGUCAAGUGGCUCGACGGCAUCUACCUGAGCAAUCGCGAGAGUCCGAACUACUACCAGGCGCGAGAUUACAAGGUACUCCCCGAAGAGGUCGAAGACAAGAAACAAGCCGCGCCAUGGUGGGAUAAGGUGCCCUCCAUGACCAGCAUGCCUCUCAAUUCCGUCAUCGCGAGCGUGACGAAGGUCGAGGACGAUGGCAUCCCUGCGGGCCACCUCCGCCUCCGCGUCAAGGGCUACGCGCUUCCCGCGCUCGGCGUACCGGUCGACGAGGUGCAGAUCAGCGUCGACGACGAGACGCAUAAGGUAGAUGAAGAGGGACGUGUGCCGGAUAAUGAGGCUCUGGCUGGAAAGCUGGCGGUCAAUGGCAAGCUGGCAGAACAUGGUGAGAAGCUGGCGGCAGCUGGAAAGCUGGUCAAGACAAGGAACAUCCAACAACUCCCGCUUCCCGAGGGCCUUGACGUUGACGCGCACCGGGUGUGGGAGGACGCGCGGAUCACGUACCAGGGCGGGCGCUGGGCGUGGACGCUGUGGGAGGGCGAGGUGGUGGCGAGGGCGCGGAAGGGGAAGAUUAUCGUGCGCUCAAGGGCGCUGUCGCGGACUGGGGAGGCUCAGCCGGAGAGUGGGAAGUGGAAUUUGCGUGGCGUCGCAUGGAAUGGAUGGAGCGUGGGCGAGUAUGAGGUGGAUGCGUGAAGGUGCUGUCUUUCGUAUAUUUAAAGAAAUAUAGGGCUUUUGGGAUAGAGCGCA